UUUUUCUUUCAUGUCUAUUCCCGUACGUACCAUCACUACUAUUGCAGGCCUCAGUCUUACAGGUGCUGGUGGCUAUUAUUAUGCUGUCAAUAAAAAACUGCCCAAUGAAGCAGUGACUAUCUCAACUCAGCCUUCUACUCCCAAGCACUAUGACCACCGUCCUUUUACUUUACUCUCUAGUCAAGAUAUUGACCAACGUCUUUAUUCAGGACAGUUUGUUACCAAACCUCAAACAAAUAAAAUCAAGGCUAUCUACACCAACCAACUUCCUUCCAAUGAUCCUGUAGAAGAUAACUAUAGUAUCAAUACGUUCCAACAAGGUUUGAUAGCAGGCGUUUAUGACGGACACAUUGGCCCUCAUUGUUCGCGAUUGAUCAAGAAACAAUUGCCGAUUUACAUGGCUCGAGAACUUGGUUCAAACAAAAAAGAUGUCGAAUCAGCUAUUUCUACAGCCUUUGAAGACUUGGAUCAAGAUAUCCAACAACGCUUUUAUGACAUAUUUCCCAAAAACUUGAAACGAACCACCGAAAAGGACAUCCAGGCAGCAGUGGCCCGUCAACCCGAUAGAGCAGCUGCUGAAGCCAUUAUCAAUGAAGCCAUCAAUGGUUCAUGUGCUUGUACUGUCUAUCUUAAAGACGGUUAUAUCUAUUCAGCCAAUACAGGUGAUUCGCGUGUUGUUAUCGUAAGUCAAGAUCAAGAUGGUACAUGGAAAGGCAGGCGUCUUGUAGAAGAACAAUCCCCAGCUGAUCCUAAAUGGAAAGCACACUUACUAUCCCAACAUCCUCCUAAAGAAUCUGAUGUAAUUGUGAUGAGAAACCGUAUUUUCGGCCUUAUUGCUGUUGGUGGUUCUUUUGGUGAUAUCAUGUACAAAGUACCUGUUGAAUAUCAAAUGAAGGUCUUGCCCUUUAUCCCUUAUGAUAGUUACAAGACAUUUGCUCGUUACCAUCACCGCAUUGUCGUCCAUUACCGUACACCACCUUACCUUCAAUCCAAGCCUCUGGUGUCCAAGCACAAGAUAAAAAAAGAUGACCGUUUUGUGAUUUUGGCUACAGAUGGUCUUUGGGAUGAAUUGAGUUGGGAUGAUUGUCGUAGCACAGAAGGAGAUCAAGAAGCGGCUCGUAUCAUGAGUACCUGGAAAAAGGACGUCAAUCCUGCAACCCAUCUUGUGCGUCAGGCUCUAUUGUUAGAUGCAGUAUACAAAAAUGUGCAUGUCAAAGAACCUGUUGAAGACGAGACAUUAGAACUUUCGAAGCGAUUGACUCGAAAGCCUUCAAGAAACUAUCGUGAUGAUAUCACAGUCACAGUGAUUGAAUUGGAUACCACAGACGCAAGCCCUGUCUAUGAUAAUGUAGGACCUGUGUAUGAAGCACAAGAAGUAGAAACCAAUGUGCCUCGUUUGGCUAAUCCAAAGAACAAUUCAUGGUUUUCCGGAUGGAUUUGGUCUCGUUUAUAACUCAAUAAAUGUGAUUUAUGCAAAGAGAC